AUGAGGCCGCUAGACGAGGCGGAGACGACGGUCGUCUUCGAGAAGCUCCUGAAGUUCACCGGCAACAACCUGAAGAACAUCGUCAAGAGCCCCGCCCACGAGGGUCCGUACCCGAACCCCGGCCGCUACUGCUUCCGCCUCGAGAAGAACCGGGUCUACUACGUCAGCGAGGCCCUGGUGAAGCGCGCCACCAACAUCAACUGA